AUCAGGAAACGCGCGAUCGAACCGAACCAGACCGAAUCGUAUCUCGAGAUGAGCUCAACAAGCAGAGUGUGGGUCGUCGCGGCCAGCGUCGCCGCCGUGGAGGCCCUCAAGGACCAAGGGUUCUGCCGGUGGAACUACACCAUCCGGUCGAUCCACCAGCACGCCAAGAACCGGGCCAAGUCCUCCUUCUCUCAGGCCAACAGCAAGAAGCGAUCUCCUCAGUCGUCGACUGCGGCGGUUUCGAGGAGGCUAGCGGUAGAAGCGGAGGGGAAGCGGUCGGAGGAGUCGAUGAGGAAGGUCUUGUACUUGAGCUCUUGGGGUCCGUAUUGAGGUUCUCUGAAUAGUAUAGAUCGAGGAAGGCAAUCGUAGUUCGUUGC